UCCAUUAUCUCCUGCGCACCAGAGUCAAUGGAGCUUCUCCUGGAAGCUGCUGGGCUCAAGCAGAAGUCCCAGUCCGUGGAUAUUGCCAGCCAAGGCUUCUCGCCGACUCUCGUGCCAGCCUCGCCCCGCAACAAGGCUGCGCCACCUGUUGCCAAGACAACCACCGGCCCCGGGGUGCAGGAAAACAACACCACCAACUCCCAGGUCCGAAACCCUCGCUGUGGCGAGCUGAAGAGAGGCUACACCAUAGAUACCGGCCAGAAGAAGACUCCAGAAAAAAAGGAUGGGAGGCGCAUGUCGUUCCAGAGACCCAAAGGGACCAUUGAAUAUUCUGUGAGUAACGUGCAGAUCAACUCUGAUCCCUCCGUCUUCAUGUCCUGA